CGGAUGUUGAAAAAACAUCCCAAUAUCUGUUUUUCUCGUUUGUUUUCCAGCUUCGUCUUCGAGAAACAGAUCUCUUUCUUUCUGUCUUCCUGUGUUUUCCCUCGGCAUUGAAAAUUUUGAAGGAAGAAGGAAGAUAAGCGAAGAGAGGAAUGAUGUUGCGGGAAAGAGCGAGAAGAGUCACUCUCCCUCCUGUUCAAGAGAAUAUAGAUAAACUGGAGAAGGUAAUAAAGGACGGUAACUGUUAUGGAGCUCAACAGAUGUACAAGUCUAUCAGUGCAAGAUAUAUAUCUGCUCAGAGAUUUUCUGAGGCUAUGGAUCUUCUUCACUCAGGAGCAUGCCUUCAGUUGAAAAAUAACCAGGUUACUUGUGGCUCGGAGCUUGCUGUAAUGUUUGUGGAAGCUCUUGUUAAAGCUAAAGUUCCCUAUGAUGAUGGUAACCUUGGAGAGGAAGAUGAUGUUCACCAACUCGCUGAAGCGCUUGCAGCUGCAAAAACACGAGUAGAGUGCUGCUCGUCAUUCUUGAGAGCUGCAAUAAGGUGGUCUGCGGAGUUUGGACCCCAUAGGAGUGGAAGCCCACAACUACAUGUCAUGCUAGCUGAAUAUUUGUAUACCGAGUCUCCUGAACUGGACAUGGCAAAAAUAACACUUCAUUUUGUGAGAGGUGACGAUCCCAAGAAGUUUGCAUCGACUUUAGUCAGUUUUAUGGGCAAGUGUUACCCUGGUGAAGAUGAUCUAGCAAUUGCAAGGGCCGUCCUAAUGUACUUAUCCAUGGGAAACAUGAGGGAUGCUAACUUUUUGCUGAGUGAAGUAAAGCAGCAGGUGGAAGCUAAGAAACUUGAGUUCCCACAAUCAGAUUUGAUCCAUUUCAUCUCUUAUCUUUUACAAACGUUGCAGAGAGAUGCUUACCCACUUUUUAGUAUGCUGAGAUCUGGUUACAAGCCGAGCAUAGACAGGGAACCUGCAUUUAACGAGUGGCUAGAUGAUAUUGGGGAGGUUUUCUACGGUGUACAGCGGAGAAAUCCCUUGCAAGGAAUGUUUGGAGAGAUGUUCAAGAUUAUGUGAGGAUGGAUUCCGUCGAGUAUCUCUGCAAUUGUUGUUUAUUCAGAGGAGAAGCCACUGGCUUUUCCUCUUUCUUGAUUUAGCCUUCUUCAAAGGCUGUUUUGUAUUAUGAAGGGUUCCCUCCAAGUUGUAAGUUUGUAGCAUCCUUUUACUUUGCUUUUCUUUAUACAUUUUGGGCGGAGGGUCUCUUUGCAUUUGGAUUCUGAAGCAUAGCCUGUAUUAUGUUCGUCAUAAACGAUUCACGAUAAGCCUUAUUACCGAUAAUUACCUUGCUGUUACUCUCUUGUACAUGUUUGCUGUAAAAUUGUUGCCUUGAAGCUUGAGCAAUGACAUUAUACGAGGUUUGAAGACCUCUUUCUUCACAUUCAGAUGACUAACUACAAAGGGAUGCAAUUUAUGAGUUUAUGUUAUGACUGUUACAUUACAAGAAGUGAAGAAACCAAAUGGAGAGGAGGGUUGCUUGCUACACAGGCUACUCGCUUUUCUCAAUUGCAAAAACCACUCCAUCUUCCUUGCUGAAGUUAUGAGUUGUGUGAUCCACCACCUGCACCAAACAUACAGUCCAAGAUCAAUGCCAUGGAACUGUGAAAUCGGAUUCAAAAUCGAGUUAUCUUGACGUUGCCAGGGUGAUCAGCUCGUGCCUAUGUCGUUAAAUCGGCACGCAGUAAUUGCUGCUAAGGAUUGAAGGGUGAGAGUGGAUAUGUUUAUGGAGCACUGGAGCAGUCUGUAAUCAGGGCAGGAAGGCACAGAAAGAAACUCACGUUAGUGUCGCUCAAUUCUAGAUUGUAGAAAUCCAUGGAUUCUCCUUCGAACAACGGCCCAGCGUGCCACGUCCCCUUUCCCAGCUUCACGAACUUGGGCCCGCUGAACCUGAACACCCGGACCUCCUCGAUCUCGGGAGCAGCGUACAAAUGGCCGCACCUCGAUCUCUUCACACCCUCCUCCGGCGCCGCCGCCUCCGCCACGAUCGACGGCUUCGCGACGCCCAGGUACCAGGCCCCGCCGCCGAUGGACCCCAGGCACUGCGUGACCUUCGCGUGGUGCGUGAUGGUGGAGAAUCCGAGGGGCCGGUUCGUCAGGCUCAUGAUGUAGAACCUCGGAGUUCCUUCGCUCAAGUUCAGCUGCGCGUCUUGCGGCCCGAACUCUUCGCCGUCCGGUGACGGUCCGAUCACCUGGCCAUAGUCCAUGAAGCUCUCCGGUGUUGCUUCGAUUGGUUUCAACUUUAUCUUCUUCGCUUCGCCGGCUGAGAUCUCCAUUGCGAUCGAGAGAGGCGGAUUGCUGAAUGCAGAUGCCUUCCGGAUGAGGAUGAGACUGAG